AGCGAGCCACCGUGUCGGCUCCCUCUGUCAUCCGUCAGCUUCCUAAACUCCUCUCUCUCUCUCUCUCUCGAACGACAAAACAAGAAUAGGAAGAACGGAAAAAAGAUGUCUCCUUUCUUUCCGUCUUCUCUUUUACUCUUUAUCGUAUCGUAUUGUAUAUCCUUCUCACGAAGGAAAUCCCAAAAAAUUGUUCUUAUAAACCCUAAAAACUAAAAUCAAAUCCCUCAAAUAUGGACCCUGCUUUCAUAAUUUCUCCAAUUUCUCCAAUGAACCACACUCUUUCUCCUUCUCCAUCUUCUUCUUCGGGCGAUGGCGAUGCUGAUAACCCUGGCGCUUGGUAUGGCAACAUCCAGUACCUUCUCAACAUUUCAGCUAUCGGUUUAUUCUUUUGUGUCUUUAUUUUCAUAUUCGUCAAGCUUCGCAGUGACCACCGUCGAAUUCCUGGCCCUUCUGCUCUUGUCGCCAAGCUUCUCGCCGUCUGGCAUGCUACCGGACGAGAGAUCGCGCGUCACUGUGGAGCCGACGCCGCUCAAUUUCUCAUUAUUGAAGGCGGUAGCUUUGCUGUGCUUUUAGGUAUUGCGGUUCUGUCGAUAUGUUUUAUUCUUCCGUUGAAUGUCUAUGCUGGGACGGCAAUGCUUGAUGACCAAUUCUCGAAGACCACUAUUAGUCAUAUCAAAAAAGGUUCCGGUUAUUUGUGGAUUCAUUUUCUGUUUGUUGUUACCAUUGUUGGUUUAGUGCAUUUUGGCAUGUCUGUGAUUGAAGAAAGACUGAGAAUUACUAGAUUUAGAGAUGGGAAUGGGAAUUUGAGUGACCCAAAUGCCAAUUCUACUGCGAUUUUUACUAUUAUGGUUCAGGGAUUACCUAAGAGUUUAGGGGACGAUAGGCUAGUGUUGCGCGACUAUUUUCAACAUAGAUAUCCUGGUAAGGUUUAUAAGGUGGUUGUGCCUAUGGAUUUGUGUACGUUGGAUGAUUUAGCUACUGAGUUGGUUAAGGUUCGUGAUGAAAUUACUUGGUUGGUUGCUAGAAUUGAUUCUAGACUUUUACCUGAUGAAAAUGAAAAUGAAAUUUUGGGAGGGAGUUUGAUGGAGAGGUUAAGGAGUUGGAUGAUUUAUUUGUGUAGAAGGGUGAAACACUUUUGGGAUCAGAUGAUGGAUAGAUUGGGUUACACAGAUGAAGAGAAGUUGAUGAAAUUACAAGAAAUUAGAGCUGAAUUAGAGAGAGAGUUGGCGGCGUACAAGGAAGGACAUGCACCAAGUGCAGGAGUUGCAUUUGUCAUUUUCAAAGAUGUUUAUACUGCUAAUAAAGCUGUUCAGGACUUCCGGAAUGACCGGAAAAGGCGUCUCGGUAAGUUCUUCUCUGUUAUGGAGUUGCGGUUGCAGAGGAAUCAGUGGAAAGUUGAACGAGCCCCAUUGGCAACUGAUAUUUACUGGAACCAUUUGGGUUUAACAAAAUUCUCGUUGAGGCUGCGGAGAUUAUUUGUCAACACAUGCUUGCUGUUGAUGCUUUUAUUCUUUAGCUCUCCUCUUGCAGUCAUCACUGCCCUAACAAGUGCAGGCCGGAUUGUUAAUGCAGAAGCAAUGGAUCAUGCCCAAUCAUGGUUGGCUUGGGUGCAAAGUUCCAGCUGGUUUGCAUCCCUAAUCUUCCAGUUCUUGCCUAAUGUUAUUAUAUUUGUGAGCAUGUAUAUAGUAGUGCCUUCAGCUCUUUCAUAUCUCUCCAAGUUUGAACGACAUCUCACUGUGUCUGGGGAGCAAAAAGCUGCACUUCUGAAGAUGGUUUGCUUCUUCCUCGUAAAUCUUAUUCUCCUGAGAGCUCUGGUUGAGUCUUCUCUAGAAAGUGCAAUCCUGAAGAUGGGCAGAUGUUAUCUGGAUGGAGAAGAUUGCAAGAGGAUCGAGCAAUAUAUGAGUGCAUCAUUCCUGUCAAGAUCUUGCCUUUCUUCUCUUGCAUUUCUAAUUACAAGCACCUUCUUGGGAAUAUCUUUUGAUCUUUUGGCUCCAAUUCCUUGGAUAAAGAAGAAACUCCAGAAAUUUCGUAAGAAUGACAUGCUCCAGCUGGUACCAGAGCAAAAUCAAGAGUACCCCAUGGAAAAUCAGACAAUGGAUAGUCUUCAGAGACCAUUGAUUUCUGGUAACGCAUUUGAUGCUCCCAGACUUAAUGGAAUUGGUACAGAGGGACAAGAUCUCUCAGAAUAUCCAAUCAGCAAAACUUCUCCCAUUCCUAAGCAGAAAUUUGAUUUUGCACAAUAUUAUGCAUUUAAUUUGACAAUAUUUGCCCUGACAUUGAUAUAUUCUUCAUUUGCUCCACUAGUGGUCCCUGUUGGUGCAAUUUAUUUUGGGUAUAGGUAUGUGGUUGACAAGUACAACUUUCUUUUCGUAUAUAGAGUCAUGGGAUUUCCUGCUGGCAAUGAUGGGAGGUUGAUGGACACGGUAUUAUAUAUUAUGCGGUUCUGUGUUGAUUUAUUCCUCCUUUCGAUGCUUUUGUUCUUUUCAGUCCAAGGAGACUCAACGAAGUUGCAAGCCAUUUUCACUCUUGCAUUACUAGUAAUGUACAAAUUAUUGCCUUCUGAUAAUGACGGUUUUCAACCAGGUCUAUUGGAAGGCAUCCAGACUGUUGACACUAUUGUAGAUGGACCUAUUGAUUAUGAGGUUUUCUCACAACCCAGGUUUGACUGGGAUACAUAUAUUCCAUGAUUUGAAUCUUUACUCUUUUUCAGUAAUUAGUUGAUUCUUCAUUUCACUUAAGAGGCAAAAAUCUUUUUUGGCAUUCAA